CUUCCGUGAUUGCUCCGCAUUUCCACCAGCCAAAGAGAUCAUGUCGAGGCCACCUCUUCCGUCCAACGACUCGGACGACAUGUCCAACUCGUCGCCAUCCAACAUGAAUAACUUUCAGUUUACCUUCAACUGCUCAGCUGCAAACUCUGCCCAAAAUAGUUUUAUUGAGCCCGAUUCCGAUGCACAGGACAAGGACUCAGAAUCCUUGACAGACAGUGUCCAAGACUUCCCUGAAGAAUUCGGUCGAACGUACCAUGCGUACAGAGCAGGCUCGUAUGCCUUCCCCAACGACCAGCUGGAACGGGAUCGACUGGAGCUCCAAAACGAUGCCCUCAUGAAACUCUUUGGUGGACGACUCUUCUUUGCCCCCUUAUCGAAACGGAACCCGCCUCGUCUCGUCCUCGACAUCGCUACCGGGCUGGGUGACUGGGCAAUCAAGAUGGGCGACGAGUUUCCCCAGUCCGAGAUUAUUGCAACUGAUCUCUCUCCAAUACAGCCUCGGAAGGUACCCCCAAAUGUUAGCUUUUAUGUUGAAGACUCCUCGCAGCCAUGGGACUACACCGAUAAAUUCGAUUACAUUCACACCCGGAUCACGGCGGGCUGCUGGUCGUCUUUCCAGGAGCAAGUCGCAGAGCAGGCUUUCGAGUCGCUCAACCCCGGCGGCUAUUUCGAAUCCCAGGAGUACGAUGCCAUUGUGGCCUGCGACGACGACACCCUCGACCCGGAAAGCCCCCUGGCUCGGUGGUUUCAUGACUUGAGAGUCGCCUCGGACGCCAUGGACCGUCCCGUCGUCCUUGCCGCCACGCUACGAAAAAUAUACGAGGAGGUUGGUUUCGUUGAUAUCCAAGAGCGCAUCUUCAAGAUGCCUAUGAACGGUUGGCCCAAGGACGAACGUCUGAAAGAGCUGGGCAAGAUGUGGGAGAGGAAUUUUUUAACAGGACUGAGCGGCUUCUCCUUUACGCUCUUCAACCGAGUCUUUGGGAGAACCCCGGCGCAAAUAGAGGUGUCACUCGUCGACGUGCGGCGAGACCUUAUCGACACCCGGAUCCACGCAUAUCUACCCAUUUACGUUGUGACUGGACGCAAGCCCUUCCCCGGCGAAGGACCCAUAGCCCCUGUGGCAUUGUCUUGAGCAAAUAUACCCAUCGUUGGGGUCGACAAUCGCCCCGACCACAUGAUAAUAAGAGGAGCUGUGCACAUGGCGAAGGGAUGAAGGAGCCACGAUGUGCGAGUUGGCAUCAUCCCCAGCAGACGGAAAACCAAGAGUGCGAGAAGCGCUAAGCAUGCCAUGGCAGUUGGUUUUUGGACAUUCAUACCCAUGAUACCCUGAGCGAGAAUGAAUACCCAUAAUGUUAAAUGACAUGCAUGAUUAGAAACGGACGAUAUUAUUCUAGAUUCUGCAGACACAAUCAAGAAACACACU